AUGCUCGCACUCAUAUACACAGGCAAACAGGCAUACCACCAUGUGUCGAACAAGGUGGGCACGUCGAAGAAGACGCAGACGGUGCACGUGCAGUACGGGCCUCGCUUCCGCUCUCCCCCUCGAGACAAGGCGGCGGAGUCGGGCAAGGAGGUGCUGCUCGAGUGCGACGUCGACUCGAACCCGACCUCGUCCAUUAUGUGGUUUCGGGAGAACUCGAAGAAGAUUUGGCCUGAUUAUGGCAAUAUCACUCCACACCUAAACAAUACUUCCACUGCAACCAUCCUGUUUACCUUCACUGAUGAUGUGUCGAACAAGGUGGGCACGUCGAAGAAGACGCAGACGGUGCACGUGCAGUACGGGCCUCGCUUCCGCUCUCCCCCCUCGAGACAAGGCGGCGGAGUCGGGCAAGGAGGUGCUGCUCGAGUGCGACGUCGACUCGAACCCGACCUCGUCCAUUAUGUGUUUCGGGAGAACUCGAAGAAGAUUUGGCCUGAUUAUGGCAAUAUCACUCCACACCUAAACAAUACUUCCACUGCAACCAUCCUGUUUACCUUCACUGAUGAUGUUAUAGGCUCCGGGAGAGAGCUGCGCGUGGUGGUGGGACAGUCCACGGCGGGGGUGUACAGGUGUGUGGCGUCGGUGCGCGGGUUCCCGGACCUGCAGGGGCACAUGAAGGUCCUGCUGAAGGGGCCGCCGCAGAUCGUCAGUUCGAGUGACCAGCAGGGAAGAAUGGGGGACACAGUCUCGCUGGAAUGCAGCACUGUCUCCAUUCCUAGUCCCAUUAGGGUCACUUGGACAUAUAAAGGAAGGGAGAUUGACCUCAACUCAGCUGCUGUCCGUGACCUCUGUGGCGAUCCCCGCUACGAGGUGGUGCAGGACCAACAAGGAGAGGGCCUGAGGAACGUCCUGGUGAUCCACGACGCCGACACCAAGGACUUCGGUUCCUACAACUGCUCGGUGGUGAACGAGUACGGCGUCGCCAGGAAGCUCAUCCGACUCAACGAGGAGACUUGGCCCCGGGCCUGGUGUGACAUCGGGGCGCUCACAGGUGACGCAGGAGAUACUCACGGGGCGCUCUCCUUUGCUGUACUGGGACUGGACACUUUUGGUAUUACGCAGUUUUCAGAAAUCCACAAAUUCAAAUAA